CAGUGAUGUACUAUCAUUGCGAUCUAUCUUUGUUACGCACGCCUGCUGAGACAGUUGAGUCUUUGCUGUGUAACUUAACCACAAAAAAGGAGUGAAACAUGUUUGGGGCAGGAGCGGCACCUAUCUUAGUUCUAAGCCAAAAUACGAAGAGGGAUGCCGGCAGAAAGGUUCAGGUGGAGAACAUAGGAGCUGGAAAGGCAAUAGCUGAUGUUAUAAGAACAUGUCUUGGGCCACAAGCAAUGUUGAAAAUGUUAAUGGAUCCAAUGGGAGGAAUUGUUAUGACUAAUGAUGGCAAUGCCAUUUUGAGAGAGAUAACGGUGCAACAUCCAGCUGGCAAGUCUAUGAUAGAAAUAGCACGUACACAGGAUGAAGAGGUUGGAGAUGGAACCACAUCAGUCAUUGUUCUGGCAGGUGAAAUGCUUGGUGUAGCUGAACAGUUUUUAGAACAGCAGAUGCAUCCAACAAUUAUUAUUAGAGCAUAUAGGCAAGCGUUGGAGGAUGCCGUGUCAAUACUGCAAGAACGCAUAAGUGUCCCAGUUGAUACAAGUGACCGCAAGAAAAUGUUGGAUGUCAUAAAGGCGUGUGUUGGGACAAAAUUUAUUGGUCGGUGGUCUGAUUUGGCAUGUUCUAUAGCAUUGCAGGCUGUAGAGACAAUAACACUGGAAGAAAAUGGUCGCCGAGAAGUUGACAUAAAGCGUUAUGCAAAAGUAGAGAAGAUUCCAGGUGGAAGUAUUGAAGAGUCUCUUGUUCUUCGAGGUGUUAUGGUGAAUAAAGAUGUUACUCACCCAAAAAUGCGACGCUAUAUAAAAAACCCCAGGAUUGUCUUACUUGACUGUGGUUUGGAAUACAAAAAGGGUGAAAGUCAGACGAGUGUUGAAAUCAUGAAGGAAACUGAUUUCACAAGAAUUUUGCAACUGGAAGAAGAGUACGUGCAGAAGUUUUGUAAUGAUAUUAUCGCACUAAAACCAGAUCUGAUAUUCACAGAAAAAGGAAUCUCUGAUCUUGCUCAGCAUUAUCUUUUGAAGGUAAGAGAAGCUGAUUUCCCUCAUUUCUGA